AUGUCAAACAUUAUGCAAUACAGGCGUCUUCCAGGACCCAGCAGCGGCGACGCUGAGAUGCAAACAGUGGCCGACCUGCUCCCUGUAGAAGCCAACAAAAUUACCAGAUUUGACGAGGCUCAGAUCCAAAAGGAUGCCGCAGACACACGCAUCAUUGUCCAUCACAGGUAUCCAGACCUGGUCAAGAACUUCUUGGAUCACAAGCGCGAGCAUGGCAGCGACAUAGAAAGGCACUUGUAUAAGGACGAUGCAUCGUGGACCUGGCAGCAGCAGGUGCGCCGGCUUGUCGAGAAGCGGCCACUCAUGUUCAUGGGCGGCCGUGACAUGACGAUCCUCCGCGAUGGCACCAGCGUCGGCUCUCUGUUCAGGGAGUGGGACCGCGUGGGCACCGACGCCGAGGUCUCGAGCAGGUGGCUCAAGCUCAAGGACUACCUGUCGUACGACGAGAUCAUGCUGGGCAGCCUGCUGGGCGUCAGCGGGCCGAGCUACUUUAUCAAUGACGGCAACCGCUACAACAAUGGGCAGCCCAUGAGGGAGGGCACCUUUAUCCCCCGGGGCAUCGUGGUAGGUCUCGUGGGCGCGCGCUACGAGCGCGACGACCGCAUGGACAGCGUCUUUUGCAAGCCGGCCGUCCGCUCCCCGAAGCAGCACCCGGAUCUGACGCGCGUGUUUACCGACUUUUUCGGCAAGCGCCCGAACCCCAGCCGCCCGUUCAACCUCAGCAUGUACAAGGCGCGCAUGAAGAUCACCAUCGAGCUGCUGCUGUGCGAGGCCAACGACCGCGCCAAGGCGGCGGGCAAAAAGGCCUACGUGCACGUCGUCGGGCUGGGUCUCGGGGUCUGGUCUCCCCCCGGCGUCAAGAAGGUUCCAGAGGCGUACAUUGAAGGCUUCAUGGACGUUAUCGAGGAUGACGAGAAUGAUGACGACAAGUACGCCAACAUUGGCACGAUUGACUUUUCGUACAUUACGGUCCCGCAGUCGGUUCGCAACGACAUGCAGGCCGUGGCUGCCAAGGCGGACAUGGAUGCCAUAUUCUCUAUGCGAUCACCUGGUGCCUUGCUCCCGGCUCACAAGCAGAACGAGCUUCUUAUAGUAUCGUAUGCAUGGGACGGCAACUCUUUCCCGGGCAACGAGUACUGGGGCGGCAGCUUGUCGGCGAGCGGUGACCCGGCGCAGGCUUGCAUGUCAACCAUUGCCGAGUUGCACAAUCCAAUCUUGAAUGCUGGGUUCUUAGAUAACAUCAAGACACUUCCAUAA